CCCAACUCCGGCCCCUCCGCCUCCACCCCGCCUCCACCGUCCUUCCCCUUCUCCCCCGCCCCACCGGACUGCUGCCGUCUCCACCCCGUUCCAGUCCGUCAAUUUGAGCAGGGGGAGGGACGGCGGCGACGGCGAGCUCUGAUUAAUUUCGCCUCCAGUUGAUGGUACAAUGAGCGGCCACAACACCCGCAACAAGAACAAGCGGCCACGGGCCAACGAUGACUCUUCCGCUAGCCCCUCCCGCGCCGUCCUCAAGAGGAUACAUUCCUCGGGCGCCGUUACGCCGGACGACAUCCGGCAGCUCUACAACGUCUGCAAGCCGGCCUGCCAGGGCUGCCACGGGAACACCAAGGACUCGCCCAACUGCUUCUGCGGGCUGGUCCCCGCUGGCGCCGGCGGCGCGAGGAAGGCCGGCCUAUGGCAGAAGCUCAGCGAGCACGUCCGGGGCCUCGGCCCCGACCCGUCCAAGGACCUCCGCGACUCCACCGAGACGCCUGCCGGGCUGACUAAUCUGGGCGCCACGUGCUACGCCAACAGCAUACUCCAGUGCCUCUACAUGAACACCUCCUUCCGCGCAGGCAUCUUCUCUCUGGAGCCAGACACCCUGGAGAAGCACCCUGUUCUCGAUCAGCUUGCCCGGUUGUUUGCGCAGCUGCACUCCAGCAAGAUGGCUUUCAUCGACUCGGCGCCUUUUAUCAAGACGCUGGAGCUGGACAACGGCGUUCAGCAGGACAGUCACGAGUUCCUCACCCUGUUUCUGUCUCUGCUCGAGCGCUCGCUCAGCCACUCCAAGGUCCCUGGCGCUAAAGCUAUCGUGCAGCAUUUGUUCCGCGGGAGUGUGUCGCAUGUGACCCGGUGUUCAAUAUGUGGAAGGGAUUCUGAAGCGUCUUCAAAAAUGGAAGACUUCUAUGAACUGGAGCUGAACAUUAAAGGUUUAAGCAGUUUAGAAGAAAGUUUGGACGACUACUUGAGUGUGGAGGCGCUGAAUGGGGAUAACCAAUACUCCUGUGAGGCAUGUAAGAAAAGGGUGGAUGCCACUCGGUGUAUAAAACUUCGCUCGCUCCCUCCUGUUGUUAAUUUUCAGCUCAAGCGUUAUGUCUUCUUGCCAAAGACAACAACGAAGAAAAAGAUAUCUUCAGCAUUCAGUUUUCCGGGGUGCUUAGAUAUGGGAAAGCGGUUGUCAGACCCUUCAUCUAAUUACACCUAUGACCUUGCUGCUAUUUUAAUUCACAAGGGUAGUGCUGCCAAUAGUGGGCACUAUGUGGCACAUAUAAAGGAUGAAAGUAGCGGUCAGUGGUGGGAGUUUGAUGACGAGUGUGUAUCCAAACUUGGUUCUCAUCCUUUUGGUGAAAAGCCAGCCAAGUCAUCUGACAAAGCUGAACAGAAAUCUCAAGGUACUUCUACAGAAGGUUCUGUUUCAAAUGGCAGUAACAAUCAUGAGGCUGCAUCGACUUCUGCUAUGGGAGAGAUGUUUUCUUCCACAGAUGCUUACAUGUUAAUGUACAAACGUUCAAGUAAGGAUGACAAUGGUGUUGAAAGCAACAAUACUGUGGAAGCCAAUACUAGUUCACUCCCACACCAUUUUGUGGAUGAAAUUGGUGCGUUGAAUGCAUCAUAUGUAAAGGAAUGUGAGGAGUACAAAAGUAAGAAAGAUAGCUUUUUGGCCUCUGUAACAGAGAGGCGCCAGGAAGUAAAAUCUAUUCUGACAGAAGCACCUGCUACUCCAGACGAUGAUUCUUAUUUUUGGAUUUCAGCAGACUGGCUUCGCCAAUGGGCAGACAGUGCUACCCCUCCCUCUUCCAUUGACAACAGUCCAAUUCAAUGUGAACAUGGAAAGGUUCCAGCAUCUAAAGUCACAUCGAUGAAGCGAUUGUCGGCUAAAGCUUGGGCGAAUCUACUUUUCAAGUAUGGAGGAGGACCAACACUCAGCAAGGAUGAUGCUUGCAUGGAGUGUCUCAAGGAUGGAGCAAAAACUGCAGUGUCUGCUGAUGUCUAUCGUGAUCGAAAAGCAUCAUUAAAAAAUCUUGCAGAAGCAGCGCUUGCAGGAAGUAUUCCUGAAGGUCCUUCUAACUUUGUUUCGAAGGCAUGGUUGACCCAUUGGUUGCGAAGGAAAAAUGUGGAUAUCAAUUCUGAUGCUGAUAAUGGACCAACAAGUGCUCUAAGAUGCAGCCAUGGGAAUCUUCUUCCAGAGCACGCUCCUGGGGCAAAGCGGGUAUCGGUGCCGGAGAGCCUGUGGAUGUUUCUAUAUGAAACCAGCAGUGCAAGGAAAGCUGACGAUAUUGUGACUUUUCCGUCAGAUUGUCAACCAUGCGAAAUUUGUGACCAGAAAUUGUCAGUUGUCGCUUCUGUCGAGGAUAAUCUUAGAGCGGUGAAACUGAAGCAAAGACAGAGACACGAAAAGUUAAUAUCUGGUAAAGGCUUAGCACUUCACCCUGGGGAAAAAUAUUAUUUGGUUCCUUCCUCAUGGUUGUCGGAAUGGAGAUCUUACAUUACAGCGACUGGAAAAAAUGUUUCUUCAUUACCCGAGCCUCAAAGUCUUGAAGCUGCUAUAAAUUCACUUAAAUGUGAGAAGCAUUCAAGAUUAUUGCAAAGGCCUUUGGAUCUAGUUUGCAAGCGUGGGAGCAUCACUCAGAAAACAUCGAAUACUGAUGGAUUAGCAAUCAUCUCAGCAUCUGAUUGGAUGUCAUUUUGUGAGGAGUGGAAUGUAGCACAUGCAGAUGGUACAUGUGCUGAAAUUGUUUUGAGCAAAAGCUCUCAAGAUAAACUGCACGAGUCACCUGAAGCAAGGGUAAUGUUGGACGAACAUCCAGAUCAGUCUAUUAAUGAUGCAAAUGGUGAUUUGGAGGACAGUACACCCUAUGUCAGAACUGAUCCUGAGGUUUGUGAAGAAUGUAUUGGGGAAAUAGAGAGCUGUGCAUUGGUGGAGAAACUCAAUUACCAGGACGAAGAUAUUCAUGUUUAUCUGGUGCGUGGAAAAGAAGCACCAAAAUCAAUUAGAGAAGCAUCUUCAGCUGUUCCUGUUCCAGAUCGUCGGACUUCAAAGCGUUUCCGGAGAACAACCACAGGGAACUCAAUCAGUUUGAAAGUCUCUGGUUCUACAACAGUCUAUCAGUUGAAACUCAUGAUAUGGGAAUCUUUAGGGAUUGUUAAGGAGAACCAGAAGCUUCAUAAAGGCCCUCUUGAGAUUGAAGAUGAUUUUGCUACUCUUGCUGAUAAAACCAUUUUCCCUGGGGAUGUUCUAUGGGUCAAAGACUCUGAAAUGUUUGAGAACCGUGACAUUGCAGAUGAAAUUUCAGGUCAGAAGUCUGAUGUACUACCGGCUGAGGAAGGCUUUCGUGGUACACUGUUGACAUCAAGUGUAUCAACUCAGCUUUGUCAGGACAUAGCAUUGAGUGAAUGAGUUCUCAUCCCACAUAAGUAGGCAGACCUGUAUUCGCAUCGCAACUGGUGACACUUGCUUAGAGGAUUCUGAGUGCAUUGCUGUUCUCUCUUGUACCUACGAUUCUGAGUGCAUCCUUGGGUCUCGUGGUGGGUUUCUGCUAGCCGAGGCUGAAUUCUUUUGUCUAUGGUUAUCUCCGUGCUUUGUCUUCUCAGUCUGUUGUAUCCCAGGCAAUGUGAGGGUAGAAAGAGGAAGAGAUAGAUGUAAUUACUUUUCAGGUAGUUAACUAUUUUCUGGGUAGCCUUGUUUUAUUUUGUCACGACAGCUAUUGGGAAUUUCACUGUACCUGAUGUGGGACGCCCAUGUUGAUGUUUGGCCAACUGAGACCUACACUCUGUAGUGCAGUUAGUAAGCUGCCUUUA